AAUAAAAUUCGUGAAGCCGAGCAGUUCUCAAGAUACUCUCUCGUAAAUGGCGUUGAUCGUUGAUAAGGAAAUCGAGUGGCUGACAAAUUGUGUUUUGCCGGAGAUUCUGAAAAAUGGACGCCUGGUUGACAAUUACAAUGAGUCGCAAUUCAAUACAUUUAAGGUGGGGACUAUUCAAAUCGCCGUAAUCGGGAUCGAAGAGGCGUUCAUGUUGACCCAGUGCUACCGAGCAUCAAUUAAUUUUGAUUUCGCUGGCAAACAGCAGCAAGUUAAAUUGGUUGUCAAGAAAACGCCUGAGAUAUCGACGGAAGAUUACAAUGAUGCACAGUUUGAUGAUCUUUUCCACAAUGAAGUGGUCUUCUACACCGAAAUACUGCCACUAAUCCAACAGCUGAGCGGUGGAAACUUUGGUGCACCCAAGUAUUAUUACAGCGAGAUCAAAUCGAACUCAGCAUUGAUAAUCCUGGGCGACUUUGCAACGGAUGGUUGGAGUGUGACCAAGGACAGGUUUAAUCUAAGCCUGGAGCAUGUGCGCAUUGCAGUUAAAUACUUGGGCAAAUUCCAUGGCUUCGGCUAUGCAAUGAAGAAUAAUGAAAACAAGCGUUUUCAGCAGCUAACGAAAGAGUUUAGAGAAUCACGUUUUACCAGUGAUUCAAUGAAUCCAAUGUGGGAUUUAACAUUGAAAACUGGACUAAAGCGUGCACUCAAAGCAACUAACAAAUACCAUCCAGAUGUUGAUAUGGAUUUUGUCAAGAAAUUUCAGCAAUUGGUAUUCAGCUAUGUGGGUUAUGGACGCCAGCGUGUGGCGCCCAAGGAACCCUUCUCCACUAUCUGCCACGGCGAUUAUCUGAGGAAUAACGUGGCCUAUAAGUAUGAUACGGACAGCAGUGGGAAUCCGCUGGAUAUCAUGAUGUUUGACUAUCAGACGGUGCGAUUAUCUUCGCCCAUGAUCGAUCUAUCCGUAUUUCUGGCCUGCUCUGUCUUUGCAGAUGUGCGUUACAAGCACUUUGAUAGUAUUUUCGAUGAUUACUGCAAUGCGCUCUUUGAGAGCUAUACGAAGCAGUCGAAUCAACCGCUUCCCGAAUUCUUAAAUCGACAGAAUAUGCUGAAUGAGUACGUACGAUUUUUACCGUACUCAAUUAGCAUUUCGUCAUCCUUCCUAAUGAUGCUGGUGGAUCCACCUCAAAAUACACCAGCAGAACUGUUUUUGAUGCAAACAACAGAGGAGGAUAUCAUAAACAAUUGCAUGACGCAGGGUGGCGAAAUUGUAGAUCGUGAAAUCGCACACCAGUUAAAGGAAAUGUUUGACCUGAGUCGCUUACACAAUGUCGAAAUCGAUGAAGAUAUUGAUAGCAGUGCGUGGAUUAACAGUGUGGUUUUAGAAUAACUAGCAAACUCACGAUGAGUUGAAUUUUACGGCACAUUGUGAACCGAUAAAAAAAAAACAGUUUGGCAUUGGCAGCGACGAAAAUAACUUCCGAACUAAAACUGUUGUUUGUUUAUACUACGGGUUAUUGGUGAUAAUUUUGCUUAUAUUGCGAUGGAGAGUCGUUUAAUAUUGAUCAAAAUAGUUAAAUAAAAAAAAUAAAACAAAG